ACCCACAAUAUUCCGCACCCACUCCCUAUUAGCCACAUUUCUCUCGCUCUCUCCUUUCUUAUCUGACGCACCCCAUAACCUACCCGGCACACGUUAGCAUCAUGGCCUCUUCUCGUCCGCCACCGCCGAAGUCUCUCGAUCUAGAGCUCACCAUAGUCUCCGCCAAGCACCUCAAGAACGUUAACUGGAAAAACGGUGACCUCAAGGCCUACGCUGUCUUCUGGGUCGAUCCCGACCGGAGGCUCGCUACCAAGUCCGAUGACUCCGGUUCUACUCGACCCGUUUGGAAUGAGCGCUUCACUCUCCCUCUUUUUCUCCCUCCCCAGGAUUCUUAUCUCACCCUCGAGAUCUUCCACUCCAAACCCAGCGAAACUCCCAAACCCCUCGUCGGCACCCUCCGUGUACCGUUGAAGGACCUGCCUGACCCAGAUGACUCGUCCCGAAUUCGAACUUUUGAGCUGACCCUCCCCUCAGGUCGUCCUCAGGGUAAGAUCAGGAUAAAGCUUGGGUUCCGUGAACGACCGUUGCCACCACCGCCGCCGCCUCCGGGUCUUGAUUAUCACCAUAUUGCCCCUCCACAAAAUUAUUAUUACAACACUGCAUCUAUUCCUCCUCCUCCCGCGCCGCGUGAUUACAGGUAUGGGCCUACAAUGCCGCCGCCCCCGUCGCUGUCACCUCCACCUCCGCCUCCUCAAUACCCAUCCUAUCACGAUGGUUACCCUCCAUCUCCUUAUUACUCCGGAUAUUACUCCUCGGCCCCAGCCCCGCCAAGGCCCAUCUUUGAUCGGACGGGCAGUUACGGUGGGCCCUCUGCGCCCGUUGAGUAUUCACUGUACGAUCAGAGACAGAAAGGAGGAGGAAAGAUGGGGUUUGGUACGGGAUUGGCUGUGGGCGCGGUUGCUGGGGCUCUGGGUGGACUGGCAUUGGAAGAAGGAUUGAAAUACGAAGAGGAGAAGAUCGCAGAGAGGGUUGAGAAUGACCUUACUGGGCGUGAUGAUUAUAGUGAUUAUCGCGCGGAUUAUUGAUGGGUAAAUUGUUGGUUUGGUGAAGCUUUUAAGUAGCAAUCUAUGUUAAUUUGUUAUGAUUUCUAACGUAUAUAUGUAUAUAUAUAUAUAUAAUCUAUGUGGGAAUUUGGGUGGAAUACCACUCGGUGUUUGAGCAUCUUAUUUGAAAGGAAAUAAAUUAUGGUUUUAAUACCA